AUGGGUUUUCGUUUUCCUAGUAUGAUCAAAAGAGCAUCCCCUUCAAAAGCUAUGGGCAUGCAAAGAGGAUAUGUUGCUGUAUAUGUCGGAGAGAAACAAAAGCAAUUUUUGAUUCCAAUAUCUUACUUGACUCAACCGUUGUUUCAAGAGUUGUUGAGUCAAGCCGAGGAAGAGUUUGGAUACGAUCAUCCGAUGGGUGGCCUCACCAUUCCAUGCACAGAAGAUGUAUUCCAAAAUAUAAGGUGUGGCUUGAAUGGGCUAUGA